UUAGAACCAAUCACAACAUCGCUUACUUACACAGGAAGCUGAGGAGUGACGUGAUCUGUUUUGGUCCAGAAUUAGUUCUCUCAUAAGAUCUCUGGCAUCACCAAUGGCACUGCAGGAGAGAAUCAAAGUGGUUCUGUUAGCCUGUGGCUCUUUUAACCCCAUCACAAACAUGCACCUACGUAUGUUUGAGCUCGCACGGGAUUACCUGGAGGACACUGGAAGGUACCAGGUGGUAAAAGGCAUCAUCUCACCUGUCGGUGAUGCCUAUAAGAAGAAGGGUCUGAUUGAGGCUCUCCAUCGGGUGGAGAUGGCCAGACUGGCUACGGAGACCUCCAACUGGAUUACUGUGGAUGACUGGGAGAGUCAGCAGGCCGAGUGGGUGGAGACAGCCAAGGUCGUCAGGCACCAUCACGCUGAACUGUUUGCAGACAAGAAUCAAGCUGAGGUGGACACCGUGAGGUUUGGGAAGAGAAGCAGGCUGGAGGAGAAUGAUGAUAUAUGCCAAAGUUCCUCUAUAGAUCCCAGCAGAACAGCUGCUCCUGAGCUGAAGCUGCUGUGUGGAGCUGAUGUGCUCGAGUCUUUCAGCGUGCCCCACCUGUGGAAGCACGACGAUAUCGCCGAGAUUGUCGGCCGCUACGGCCUGGUGUGCAUCACCAGGAGCGGCUGCGAUGCCGAGAAGUUCGUCUACCAAUCAGACGUGCUGCACAAGCAUCGCAGGAACAUCCACAUCGUGAGGGAGUGGGUGACCAACGAAAUCUCAGCCACCCACGUGAGACGCGCUCUGUGUAGAGGCCAGAGUGUGCGGUACCUGUUGCCAGACCAUGUGCUGGACUACAUCCACCACCUGGGCCUGUACAGUGAUGAGAGUGAGAAGAAGAACGCCAAUGUUAUCCUAGCUCCUCUCCAGAGUUUUUUGUUCUUUGAAAUCCACUGAGGCACGUUUUUGAUGUAGAGUUACAGUAUUUUUGAUAGUGGUAUUAUUGGAGUAUCUUGAGAUGUUGGGCAGUACACAUUUAUUUGGACUGCUUUGUUUUUUAAAAUUUCAAUAAAAAUGUUUGUAUUGCAUCAGUCAU